CAUAUCAAAAUGCUUUUGGUUCUAUCAAGGUUCAAAAUGGGUUGUCAGGCUGCUUCAUGUCAGAAUUGAUUCAUCUCUGGCUUGAAAAGGAUCAUUUUUUUUUCCGUUUGGCUCCAUAUCUUUCAGUCCCACAUCAUCAAUUACUCCCAACUAAGGGGAGAAGGAGACGAUUCGAGGGAGAGAACUGACGCAGAGACGAAAGCUGUUGACUUCCGCGCUGAUUUGACAUGGAACCCCAUGUACCUAAAUUGGCUACUCGAGUCAGCAGAGCUAUGCUUUCCGCUGGAGCAUGGACGCCUUCACUGGAGCAGAAUUUGCAUCGACUCGGUUUCCGCCAAACGCUAAAUCCAUCUCUCGUAUCUCAAGUAAUCGACCCGCACCUUCUCACUCAUCACUCCCUCGCUCUCGGCUUCUUCAAUUGGGCUUCUCAGCAACCCGGUUUCGCCCACAAUUCGGAAUCCUACAAGUCGGUUCUUAAGUGUCUCUCUUUCUCGCGCCAAUAUGGGGCCAUCCAUAGUCUCUUAAAACAGGUAAGAACUCAGAAAAUUGGCCUCCAUUUAUCAGUUUAUCGCUCUGUCAUUGAUUCGUUGAUCGUAGGCAAGAAGACCCACGAUGCUUUUUUGGUUUUUAAUGAGGUUACUUCAAUUACCAACACUAUUGGAUCCGAACCAUGUAACUCGCUUUUGGCUGCUCUUGCUUCUGAUGGGUUCUUUGAGCACGCCCAAAAAGUGUUCGAUGAAAUGUCUAUUAAAUGCAUUCCUUUUGACACUCUUGGAUUUGGUGUGUUUAUAUGGAGGGUUUGUAGAAAUGCUGAUAUAGUUAAAGUUUUGACCAUGCUAGAUGAUGCCAGGACUAACAAUCGAGAGAUCAACGGUUCUAUUAUUGCCACAUUGAUCAUUCAUGGGCUCUGCGGGGCAUCUAGAGUUUCAGAGGCUUCAAAUGUUGUGGAUGAACUUAAGAAUAGAGAUUGCAAGCCUGACUUUUUGGCGUAUUGGAUUAUUGCAGAAGCAUUUCAGUCAGCAGGGAGUGUGGCCGAAAGGGAGAAAAUCCUGAAGAAGAAGAGAAAGCUGGGGGUAGCUCCAAGGCUUAAUGAUUAUAAGGAGUUCUUAUUUGCUUUAAUAGCUGGGAGACGAAUAUGUGAAGCUAAAGAGUUGGGUGAAGUUAUAAUCAGAGGAAAUUUUCCGCUGGAUGAAGAUGUUUCUAAUGUACUGAUAGGGUCUGUUGCUGCCAUUGAUCCUCAUUGUGCUAUUAUGUUCUUCAAGUUCAUGGUCGAGAAAGAGAGAUUCCCAACUCUCUUGACUUUAAGAAAUCUGAGUAGGAAUUUAUGUAAGCAUGGAAAGAUUGAUGAACUGUUGGAAGUUUUCCAAGUUCUGGGUAUGCAUAACUACUUCAAUGAUUUUGAUAGAUACCAUUUGAGGACUUCAUUCCUAUGCAAGGCUGGGAUGGUGAAAGAGGCCUAUGGUGUCUUGCAGGAGAUGAAGAAAAAGGGAUUUGCCCUCGAUGUAUCUUUUUACAACUGUGUCCUAGAAGCAUGUUGUAGAGAAGAUCUACUUCGGCCCGCUAGGAAGCUAUGGGAUGAGAUGUUUGCUAGUGGCUGUGGCGGUAAUUUAAAGACAUAUAAUAUCCUUAUUCAAAAGUUUUCAAAAUCCAAUCAGAUCGCGGAAGCUUUGACACUUUACCAUCAUAUGCUUGGAAAAAAGGUUGAACCGGACAUUACAACCUACACGUCCCUGCUUCAAGGGCUCUGUCAGGAAUCACAACUAGAAGCUGCUUUUGAAGUCUUUAGCAAGUCUGUUGAACAGGAUGCAAAUCUUGCCGGAACCUUGCUGAACACUUUUAUCUUGUGCUUGUGUAGAGCAGGUCAUUUUCUUGCUGCUUCCAAGUUACUCCGUGGUCUCACAAAUGAUAUUGCUCAUCCAGACUCCCAUGUAAUUUUGCUGAAAGGUUUUGCUGAUGCUGGAGAGAUUCAACUCGCUAAGCAACAUAUAGAGUGGGUUCGAGAAACCUCUCCCUCAAAGUUGUCUGUUAUAUCCACUGAACUCUUAACAUUCCUUCCUUCUUCCUCAAGAGCAGACCCAAUUUUACAGAUUCUUCAAACAAUACAAGAACUAUCCCACUUCAGCUAUGAUGAAUGAUAUUAGAAACACCUUCAUUAGAUGCAGUCCUACGUGAAUCAAGGCUGGUACCGGUUGUUCCAUGCCACACAAAAUGGUGAAAUUUGUUUCUUUAAUGAGAGAGAGAGAGAGAGAUUGGUACUUAUUAAAUACCCGUACCUUGGA